CAAGAGAAUUCAUGUGAAGGUGAGUGAAAGCAGGUGUGAGUAAAUGCAACAGAAGGAAUCAUGGCAGCCAAAGUGUUUGAGUCCAUCGGAAAGUUCGGCCUGGUUUUAGCAGUUGCAGGAGGCGUGGUGAACUCUGCUUUAUAUAACGUGGAUGCAGGGCACAGAGCUGUCAUCUUUGACCGAUUCCAUGGAGUACAGGACAUUGUGGUAGGGGAAGGGACUCACUUUCUCAUCCCUUGGGUACAGAAACCAAUUAUCUUUGACUGUCGCUCUCAACCACGGAAUAUACCAGUCGUCACUGGUAGCAAAGAUUUGCAGAACGUCAACAUCACACUGCGCAUCCUCUUCCGGCCAGCGGCCAGCCAGCUUCCUCGUAUCUUCACCAACAUCGGCCAGGACUAUGAUGAGCGGGUGCUGCCAUCUGUCACCUCAGAGAUCCUCAAGUCGGUGGUGGCUCGCUUCGAUGCUGGAGAAUUGAUUACCCAACGAGAGCUGGUCUCCAGGCAAGUGAGCGAUGACCUCACAGAGCGAGCAGCAACAUUUGGGCUCAUCCUGGAUGACGUGUCCCUGACACACCUGACCUUCGGGAAGGAAUUCACAGAGGCGGUGGAAGCCAAACAGGUGGCUCAGCAGGAAGCAGAGACAGCCAGAUUUGUGGUGGAAAAGGCUGAGCACCAGAAGGUGGCUGCCAUCAUUUCUGCUGAGGGUGAUGCUAAGGCAGCUGAGCUGAUCGCCAACUCGCUGGCCAAAGCAGGCGAUGGCCUGAUUGAGCUGCGGAAGCUGGAAGCUGCUGAGGACAUUGCGUACCAGCUCUCCCGAUCUCGGAACGUCACCUACCUGCCAGUGGGGCAGUCAGUGCCCCUCCAGCUUCCCCAGUGAAGCCUCCUCUGCUUCACCUUCUCAGGCCAACCAGGCCAUGGUUUCCAACAGUUUGAACAACGCCUUCCUUCUAUCCCACCCCAGAAAUCACUGUGAAAUUUAAUGAUUGGCUUAAAGUGAAGAAAAUAAAAGUAAAGCCACUUCAGA